AUGACUCUCCUAUGCGCCAAAUGUGCGGCGGACCAACAAGGAAGAGCCUCUACUUCCAAUGCAGCUUCUACUUCCAACGCAACCUCAUCAACCACCCCAACCCCCAUUUUCGUCUACGGCACCUUCGUCAGUCUUCACGCACUGGCAGAAAUCCUGACAGGCUACUGCGAUGAAGACGCUGUCUCAGCCAUACUACCACUGGUAAGAUGGGCAAAAGUGGACAACUACGCUCGGUUCCGUCUCCGGGGAUGCAGAUUUCCUGGCGCGGUUGCAGUUCCAGGGUCCAGCAUAUCCGGCUAUUUAGUCACGCUGGAGCACGACUGGCAGAGAGGAAAUCUGGAAUGGUACGAGGGCGAGCUCUUCCAGGCUGCACCGGUCCAAGCUCAUGUUUUGGACGAUGAUAGAGAACCUACGGGGGAGGUGGUGCAAGCUGAGAUGUAUGUCUGGGACGGACCCCUCGAGCAGGUCAUUCCUGUGUCGUGGGAUGUGCAGGCUUAUCUUGAGGAGGAGUUUCGGGUGAUUAAUGGGGUGAGAGGUAGAGAUGGUGAUGAAGAGGGGGAAUACGAGGAGGAGGAAAGCAAAGAGGACGAAGAGAAGGAAGAGGAGGAAGAAGAAGACACAGGGGAGGGAGAGGGGAAGGGGAAAGACCGCCAAAUGCUUGAGACAAGGACUGGAUGGGCGAUUUCUAGAUGGGUGCGUGCUGAAUUAGCGCGUUGUGAACCGUCAAGUUCUGGAUCAUCGAGUACUGAAUGGGCGAGUGAUGAAGAUACAUAUGUUGGGAACGAAGACGAGCAUUCUUCUGAAGAGAUUCGGAGAGGCAAUGAAGGUAGGCGGCUGCGAUCGUUCUUUCGGCGCUGA